AUGCCACAAUUGGUUAAGAUUAUUAGGAAGGGGAAUGAACAUUUGGCGCAAGAUGGCGAUGAAAUUGAGCUCGAUAUUGAAGCCCUUGAUACUGAAACUCUUUGGGAACUUGAUCGAGUGCAAUGGGCGAGGGGAAUGAUUUGGAAAAUAGACCUUAAAAAAACGAUGAUGAGGAUGUGGACAUUGACGAUGAUAUGCAUGCUACACACUUUCCUCCCGUGGAGAUUGAGAAGGACGAAUGAGGUGGAGAAGUUGGUCAUGAUCAAGACCGUGGUUAUGGUAAUGCCUCCAGUGGCUGGAACAGUUCCAGCAGCUCAAGUAGCAGUUUCUCAUCUUCCAGUGUUUGAGCUUUCUUUUAUAGAUUCUGAUUGGGGGAGUUCCUCUGGUAGUGACUCUGAUGCAGAUGAUGUGCAGUCCUGA